AUGCGAGAAAUUGCCGGCGGCGAUUGGGACAAACGGUUCGGGCUAGUCGGCCCGCUUUGGACUACACUUCCCGACACGACGUGCGAGGCGUUGCCAGCUGCGGGCCGAGGGCGGGUUGACGCGGGAGCUGGGGACGUGAGGCAUGAGCGGCGCCCUCCCUCGGCCUGUGCGCGUCCUGCUACCUCUCCGGAGCGCGAGGGUCGCGCGGCACGGGGCCUAGCGGCGGGCAUCGGCGUUCCCAGGGGCAGGUGCAGCGGCGCGGGCGCCGCGGAGCGCAACCCCCACCCUCCAGAGAAGCGGCACGAAACACAAACCCCGACGGACGCAGCCGCACAAGCCGCACGGGGCGAGGAGGGUGACGACGGCGGCGAGACCGAGAGCCGUGAGAGCUACGACGCACCGCCCACGCCCAGCGGCGCGCGCCUCAUCCCAGACUUCCCGGUGGCCCGGUCCAGCAGCCCCGCUAGGAAGGGCUUGGGCAAGAGGCCGGCGGCUGCGGCCGCGGCGGGCAGUGCAUCUCCGCGCAGCUGGGACGAGGCGGAGGCUCAAGAGGAAGAGGAGGCGGGGGUGGACGGCGAUGGCGACGCGGAUGUGGACGGCGAGGAAGACCCGGGGCACUGGGACGCGGACGCCGCCGAUGCAUCGUUCGGAGUCAGCGCGGGCCGCUCGCAUCCCCGGGCGCUGGCAGCCGAGGAAAUCCGACAGAUGCUGGAGGGCAAGCCGCUGGCAGACAAGAUGCGUCCCGAUACGCUGCAGGACUACAUCGGGCAGAGUAGGGCCGUGGGGCAGGAGACUCUGCUCCGCUCGUUGCUGGAGACCAACGAGAUCCCCUCGCUCAUCCUGUGGGGCCCGCCAGGCUGCGGCAAGACCACCUUGGCUCACAUCAUAGCCAACAACAGCAAGAAGCACAGCAUAAGGUUUGUGACAUUGUCUGCAACAAAUGCCAAGACAAAUGACGUGCGAGAUGUCAUAAAGCAGGCCCAGAAUGAGAAGAGCUUUUUCAAAAGGAAAACCAUCCUCUUUAUUGAUGAGAUUCAUCGGUUCAAUAAAUCUCAGCAGGACACUUUCCUUCCUCACGUGGAAUGUGGGACGAUCACACUGAUUGGUGCAACCACAGAGAACCCUUCCUUCCAGGUCAAUGCCGCUCUUCUGAGCCGAUGUCGGGUGAUUGUUCUUGAGAAGCUUCCAGUAGAGGCAAUGGUGACUAUUUUAAUGAGAGCUAUCAAUUCACUGGGAAUCCAUGUCGUAGACUCUAGCCGUCCUACUGACCCUCUGAGCCACAGCAGCAACUGCAGCUCUGAGCCCUCUGUCUUCAUAGAAGAUAAAGCAGUGGACACUCUGGCUUACCUCAGUGAUGGUGAUGCACGGACUGGCUUGAAUGGACUGCAACUGGCAGUGCUGGCCAGGUUGAGCUCUAGGAAGAUGUUCUGUAAGAAGAGUGGUCAAACCUAUUCCCCGAGCCGAGUUCUAAUCACUGAGAAUGAUGUGAAAGAAGGCCUCCAGCGGUCCCACAUUUUAUAUGACCGCGCAGGAGAAGAACACUACAACUGCAUCUCUGCUCUACACAAGGCUAUGCGUGGCUCUGACCAGAAUGCCUCCCUGUACUGGCUGGCACGGAUGCUUGAGGGAGGGGAGGACCCACUCUACGUGGCCAGGAGACUUGUGAGGUUUGCCAGCGAAGACAUUGGCUUGGCAGAUCCAUCAGCAUUAGCACAAGCAGUUGCUGCCUACCAAGGCUGUCACUUCAUAGGCAUGCCCGAAUGUGAGGUGCUUCUGGCCCAGUGUGUGGUGUAUUUUGCCAGAGCCCCCAAAUCCAUUGAGGUGUACAGUGCCUACAACAACGUGAAGGCCUGUCUGCGGAAUCAUCAGGGGCCCCUGCCUCCCGUCCCCCUGCACCUGAGGAAUGCACCCACCAGGCUGAUGAAGGAUUUGGGCUAUGGCAAAGGCUACAAGUACAACCCCAUGUACAGUGAGCCUGUGGACCAGGACUACUUGCCUGAGGAGCUAAGAGGAAUUGACUUCUUCAAGCAGAGGUGGUGUUGACUUUUAGGCUAUGAGUAGGAUGCUUGUACCUGAGGAAGGCCAGAAGUCGCUGAGUCUUGGAGAUAGUUGGCUGGGAAAAGUUAAAACAGACCAACAUUUUGUGCCAGAUGUUAAGAGUUCCAUAGGUGGAGGUGGUUAAUUCAGCUAAAUGUGUACCAUUGAAAUUGUGUUCAUUUGCACUCUGUGCAAUGAUUAUGCUUAUGAAAAUACCUGGCAGCUUUGUGCAAUUACUUAAUGUUAUAAGGAAUUAUCUAUUUUGUCAUAGUAUUUAAGUCAUUAUGUCAUUUCAAAAUUCUGUUCAGUAGGCUUUUUUUUCUUUUAAAAAAUGUAUAUUCUGGGUAGUCCCAAUUGGUAAAAGAAAAUGUAAUUGUGAUUUAAUACUGCAUAGUGAUUUGGGUAUUUUUUUUAUAUGCAAAGGUCUUAUGAGCCAAUAAAACUAUUUCAAAGUA